UUUAGGGACAGCAUUACUCAUCAACAAAUUUGUGCAGGGGCCAGGGAGGCUCUCUCACUCUUUACGCAAACUCGGUUCAUAAACACAUUAAAAUAACCCAACAAUUCCUCAUAAUCUUAUGAAUCAUAGAUUCAUAGAUCUGCUCAUUUUUUGUUUUUUUGGAUCAAAUUUUACUUCUAACAAAUUAUUCUCUUGAAGACCAAAAUUCAUCAUCUGGGUACUAAUUUUUUUUGUACUCAAAAGGGAUGUUUUAAUUGUACAAAGUUUAAGUUUGAAGUAAAAAGGGCGCAUUUCAAGAUGGGGUCCAAGAAAAAACCGAGCAACUCGUCUAAUUCUUCUGCUGCUUCAUCUUCAAAGGACCCCAAUUCAUCGAUUCCAAGACUACGUGAGAAGCAUCAACAUGAGCUCGAAACUUUGACGUUGACUGCACAACCAUUCAAAACAUUGAAGUUUUUUGUUUUAGCUUUGUAUGGUUAUGUCAAGCAAUCAUUUGCAUAUCUCUUGGAGAAAGGUGGUUGGCUUUUAGUCUUUAGUACAUUGGUGAUAUCCUGUGGGGUCCUCUCGGCAACUAUUGAAGGUCCUCAUGAAAAGCAUGUCCAGGAGGUUCUCCGGUACAUUCAGUUUGUUUUAUGGUGGACUGCCCUUGGUGUUGCAUCUUCUAUCGGCCUUGGAUCUGGCCUGCACACUUUUGUUCUUUAUCUGGGGCCACAUAUUGCCCUCUUUACCAUUAAAGCAAUGCAAUGUGGUCGAGUUGAUUUAAAAAGUGCUCCAUAUGAUACAAUCCAAUUGAAACGAGGUCCGUCAUGGCUUGAUAAGGACUGCUCUGAAUUUGGACCUCCAUUAUUUAAGUCUGUUCAUGGUUCAAGAGUGCCUCUUACCAGCAUCUUGCCUCAAAUCCAGUUCGAAGCUGUUCUAUGGGGUGUUGGGACUGCAUUAGGUGAACUUCCACCAUAUUUCAUCUCAAGGGCAGCAAGCUUAUCGGGAAGCAACCCAAUGGAAAAAAUGGAUGCAUCUCCCCCUCAAGAUAAUGGAAUAAUUGGCAGGCACUUAAAUCAAGUGAAACACUGGCUCUUGUCACAUUCUCAGUACUUGAAUGGCUGGACAAUAUUGCUGCUUGCUUCGGUGCCAAAUCCUCUGUUUGAUCUGGCUGGUAUAAUGUGUGGGCAAUUUGGGAUACCUUUCUGGCAAUUUUUCCUUGCAACGUUAGUUGGAAAGGCAGUUAUAAAGACGCAUAUACAGACUUUCUUUAUCAUCUCAGUUUGCAACAAUCAGCUCUUAGAUUGGGUGGAGAAUGAAUUUAUAUGGGUCCUUAGCCAUAUACCAGGAGUUGCCUCUGUAAUGCCUACAGUGAUUUCCAAAUUACAUGCUGUUAAAGACAAGUAUCUUGUAACCGCUCCACCCGUGGUUACUAAUGUCCAGGUAAAGAAGUGGGGUCUUUCUUUUGCUUCAAUCUGGAAUACUGUUGUCUGGCUUGUCCUUCUGAACUUCUUCUUCAAGAUUGUGAAUGCAACUGCUCAGAGUUUUUUGAAGAAAGAGCAAGAAAAGGAACUAACGAAGAAGUCAAGAGUAUCAAAACAGUGAAAGAGUAGACUUCUCAAAGAACCUGGAUUAAGUGUUUUGCUAUGUGUUCCUCCUCUUUCAUUCUUUGUGACUAGAUAAAGUUAUAGGAGGCGUUGAAUUCUUUUAACAAUUGGACUUUUUACAGUUAGCCAUCUCGCCACUUUAGAUGCUUUGUAAUUUGUAUAGACAUAGACAAUAGGAUUAAUGGUGGCAAGGAGAAGCAAGGGUUGAAUAUAUCUGAUAGUGUUUGGUUUCUCAAGUUCAAUUCGGUUGGCUUUGUAACUUUACUGUGGGUAUUUGGGAAAUGUCAUAAUUGUUUCUGAAUGCAAGAGACAAAGAAGAUACUCCCCUCUAA